GCAAAAUUGUGUCAGGCUGUCAGUUGUCAAUAAAUGUCAUUUUCCAUUCCCCUCCACCGAUCACAAGUCAUCUCAUCAUUUAUAGUUUAGUUCCAGUGAAAAGAGAAGCCUUCAAUUUUUGUUCGAAGAAAUUUACCAAAAAAAACAUUGUUGAUUGGUUUUUUAUGCAAACCCAAUAAAAACUUUUGAAGCGCGUGUCAAGGGGACGUCAGUUCGUCGAGGAGAUUUCACUAGAAUUGGUGCAAAGUUACAUAAACGUGUUGUAGUAGCUAAUUUUUGUAGCCCUUCAUGGGCACAAAUAAUAAAACUUUUCCAGUGGACGAGGCAAGCUAUUGACAAAAAUGUUGUAAACAGAGAAAAAUCAAAUCAUGUGCAAGUAAAUAAAAUAAUAAUCCACAAUGAAGAUCGACAGGUCAAGAGUGCGCAAAAGCACUUCAGAAAUACCAGCCGAGUGUCAAGAACUUAUUGAGAGCAUACAACAAUGCUCUCGUACUGAACUUCUCCAUGAAUUAUCAAAGAUAAAUUCAUGGACAUUUGGAAAAUGCGAGUUGCUUCAUUGGGCCCAAGUUUUGGAUCUAUUCGACAAGAUUUUGGGCGCUGCUGCCGAAAGAAGCGAAGAAAAUAAAUGGGCUUUAAAAUGUGAUAGUUUCACUGGCAAGGACAAAAUGUUAUUGAUAUGCAUCUUGAGAUUCACAAGUUUAUUGAUAGAACACUCAUUUUCACGACACCUCUACAACUCUAUGGAACAUUUGUUGGUUUUGCUAACAUCUAACGAAAUGAAUGUUGUAUUAGAGGUUUUGAAUUUAUUAUACAUGUUUUCCAAGCGUAGUAAUUUCAUUACACGUCUCAAGACUGAAGAAAAGGAAUGUCUCUUGGACCGCCUUCAAUAUUUAGCUGAGAAUUGGGGUGGUAAAGAAAACGGCUUCGGUCUUGCAGACUGCUGUAAACAAGACAGUGAAAUACCAAGCUCGGCUACAACAUUACACGUUGAAUUCCAUAGAGAAGAUUCCGCAAAGUCACCGAAUAAAGACAAUAACGAAGUAAAUCCCAAAUCCAGCAAGCCAAACUUGCAUAUCAUUCAUAUAGAGCACAUUGAUAAGCUAGAAAAAACUCCUGCUGAAAUCAUGAAAUCACUCAAAAGCAUGUAUUAUAUACCAACAGAAAAGGAGAUGUGGCUGUUUACCCAUGUUAGAUUGGCGACCAAUUUUGCUACCCUUGAGAAAAGGCUCAAAUGCGUCCAAGCAAGACUUCAAGCGCUUUCUGUUCUUGUUUAUGCAAAUGCGAUACAAGAUUCUACAUCAAACUUGUUGUACAAUGGCAUUUUGGAAGAGCUCGUUGAGGUUGUGGAAUUAAAUGAACCUGAAUUGACUGACAUACGAUGUGCAGCUUUGAGAACACUAACUGCUAUUAUUCAUUUAGACAGAAACCCGCAAUUUCCUAAACGACCAGGAUCUAGACUCAACAGUAUUAUAGAUGUGACUGGAGCAAGUCAAUAUCAUGGCUUCUUACCAGUGUUGGUUAGAAAUUGUAUAGUUUCACUUACUAACGAUCAACAACGGCGUUCGAAAAAGAGAAAACAUCAUGAUUCAUCUGAUGAAACGACCGAGACUUUAUCUGAUGUUGAAACAAAUAUCGGAGUAAAUGCCAUACAAGCACUUUCUGCACACUCGGAAUAUAAGUUUCCUGUCAGUUUAACAACUGCUCUAUUUUCCUUUUUGUAUCAUUUAGCAAGUUAUGAUGUUGGUGGCGAAGCUUUGGUUUCUUGUGGAAUGAUGGAGUCUCUUUUGGAAGUUAUUAAUUGGCAAGGAUAUGAACUUGAUCAUAUUACUUUUGUAACAAGAGCUGUGAGAGUUAUAGAUCUCAUAACCAACAUUGAUAUGCAAGCCUUCCAAGUUCAUGGUGGAUUGACUAGUUUUAUCAAUAGAUUAGAUAAAGAAGUCAAUUUUUGUAAUGAUGAUCAACUGUAUCAAUUCCCAGCUCAUAAUCUGGAUGAUAAUAUUCCAGUGAAUGAAGACAACACUCCCGUAGUCGAAUUGGAAUAUGUGGAACAUAACGCUGAAAACAGCUGUCUCCCUCAAAGGGCAGCGUUACUUAAAUCUCUUCUGAAUUUUUUGAAGAAAGCAUUUCAGGACGCUGCAUUUGCUGAAAGUAUUCGACAUUUAAUGGAAAGUCCUCUACCAUCAGCACUGAAAAAUAUAAUUGCCAAUGCUGAAUAUUAUGGUCCAUCGUUAUUUUUACUAGCUACUGAUGUUGUUACUGUAUAUGUCUAUCAAGAACCUACUGUGUUGCCUGCAUUACAAGAUAAUGGUUUGACCAAUAUUGUCCUAAAUUCUCUGCUAAUGAAAGAGGUGCCAGCAACUAGAGAAGUACUUGGUUCUCUCCCAAACGUUUUUAGUGCCCUUUGUCUCAACGCCCGCGGCUUAGAGUUAUUUGCACGACACAGACCGUUUGAAAAACUUUUCCAUAUAUUGCUGUCGCCACUUUAUUUGCCUGCAAUGAGAAGAAGGCGCAGCUCGGAACCAUCAGCAGACACAGCUUCUAAUCUUGGCAAUGCUAUGGAUGAACUAAUGAGGCAUCAGCCUAGUUUGAGACAAGAUGCCACAGUAGCUAUAGUAAGCCUGCUUGAAGAACUCGUUUUUCUGGGAAGCGAUCCCAAAUUCAUAUGUUGGAGGCCCCAUGGACGCGCGGAACCGCUUAGUACCACACCUGGAAGAGCUGCACCAACAGAAGGAUCCUCUGAUGAAGAAGAAGAGGAUGAAGAUGAGACCUCUACAAGUUCCAACGCACAAACUCAAAAUGAAAGUAAUGCUACACAAUCGCCUGCAGGAAAUGAACGUCAGCUUAUUCCCUUGAUUGAUUAUAUACUUAACGCAAUGAAAUUUAUAGAUGCCAUUUUAAGUAAUAAUUCAACUGAUGAUCAUUGCCGGGAAUUUGUUCAGAAGGGUGGUUUAAGACCGCUACUUCGCCUCCUAGGUCUUCCCAAUUUGCCAGCAGAUUGUCCAGUAACAAACCCAGCUCAAUCUGUAGCAACUGUAUGCAAAAGUAUCUUGAACCUGGCCCACGAACCAUAUCUAUUUCAAGAAGGCUUGCACCAAUUAAGCGAAGUUCUUGACAAUCUAAAACCUCUCUGCUCACCAACCAACGAUACUAAGCCAACGAUGGGAGGUUCAAAGCUGUUAAUGGAACUAGCUAGCGCUCCAGAUGCAUCUGCAGCUUUUAGCUCUGCCCAAGCCACCCCAUUAUUACACGGCAUGAACGCAGCACACGGUUAUGUUUUGAUGUUCGUCCAUGUUUGUCGCACUGGACAGCCAGAGAUACGUAACCUAUCUUUACAUCAUUGGGGCAAGAAAGAAGGAUCGAAAGUUUUGAAAGGACUAGCUGAUUUGUACACAGCAUUAGUUUGGGAAAGUACUCUUUUAUUGGCCUAUUGCAGUGACGAUUUGAUUCCAUCGGAAUGUGAUUUCACCCGAGAAAGUAUUGAAAAACUGAACCAAUUUUUUGACAGGUGUGAAACUACUCAACAUGUAACUGAAAUUCCCUCCAAUCAUUCUUCUGGAAUAGAUGUUGGUGUUGUGCCUAUGGAUAUUGAUGGAAAUGAAUAUUCGAAAUCUGACAGUAGAAAUUUAAAAUAUAUAAAACCACUAUUGGGAGCUUCCUCUCGCCUGGGACGUGCUUUAGCCGAAUUAUUUGGGCUUUUGGUAAAACUAUGUGUGGGUUCUCCAGUUAGACAGAGGAGGGGUCAGAAUAUUAUAACUGCACCUCCUGUUCCUACCGUCCAUGCCAAAAAGGUGGCACUAGCUCUAAACCAACUGCUUGCGAAAGGUUUAGACUGUGAUUCUCUUCCCCCAUGUCCUACACCAAAAUGUCGACUCACAUUUUUGAUUUGCAGUGUUGGAUUUACAAGUCCAAUGUUAUUUGAUGAACGACGUUUCCCAUAUUAUUUGAUGUUGAAAAAGUUUGUUAGUAUGGGUGGUCAAGCUACAUUUUUCAAAACGUUUAAAUGGGCAUUGGGUGCUGAUGAAGGUCCUAGUGAUGUCAACGCAUUGCCAGAAGGCACACUUGGAUUUUUGGAUGCCUGGUUAACUUUAUUGGAAAAAAUGGUUAACCCUAAAACUAUUUUAGAGAGUCCUCAUGUUGUUUCAACUAGACCCAACGCAACAUACCGUUUCGAUCCUAUUAAAUAUUUGAUACAAAUUCAUAGGCUUGCAUUUGAUAGUAUUGAAAAAUUAUGGAAACAUACGCCAAUUACGUCUUAUGGUAAUCGCAUUGCUGAUACAAUAUUGACCAUCCUGAGACACAUAUAUUGGGGUGAAAAAAUUAUUAAAGAAAAAUUGAAGCCAGAAGAUACCAGACCUACUACUAGUGCUACAACUACUGAUCAACCAUCUACUAGUAAUAAUGGAUUUGUAGCAGUCAGAGAUAGUGAAGUUAAUUUGCGCCAGUUAGAGGAUAUGGGUUUUUCUCGUGAGAAUGCAAUAGACGCAUUGCUUCAUUCCUCUAGUGUCGAGCAAGCUACAGAUUACCUAUUAUCGAAUCCUCCACAGGCGGCAAGAGCCUCUACGUCCGCUGUGGAUUCGGAAACAGUUGAGGACGAUCAAGUUUUACAAGCCAUCGCUAUGUCUCUAAGUGAUAAUAGUAAUUCUGAAAAUCCCCAUGCUACUUUUGAGGAAUUACAAGCACUGCUAGACGAAUUUACAACAAGUGCUCUUAAUAUGUGCUUGGACCUUUUAAAUAAGAUGCCGGAUUUGGUUCAUAAGACUUGUGAACUUUUGGUGACUAUAAUGAAACGAAAUGGCAAAGAAUAUAGAGAUUCUGUUUUACAAGAAAUUGCAGGGCAUAUUCUUAAGAACGCUAUGGAUAUUUACUCCGCCACAGUUAACAAAUGUCCCGGUAAAAUUGCCUUUGAUGCAAUGGUUGAUACAGUUUCUUGUAAACGUUUAGCCAAUUACACUCAUCUCUUUAUUUUGUUUUAUGAAGUGGGAUUUUAUUAUGAAAUGAAAUUGCCUUUUUUGGCACUCUAUGGCUCGGAAACUAUAAACUUAAUAAUAAGAUUGAUAAAAAAGGCCCAACAUAUAAUAUUUAGAGUUUUCAAAAAUACUAGAGAUAUUCCAGAACCGAAGUGGCUGGCUUCAAGCUUAUUGCUCGUCGACGCAUAUUUGAAAGUUGCUAAUCGUACUGAUCGUAAAUGUAAAAUGCACAUCAGUACCAAUAGGGUGUGGCGCUGGUAUGAUUUGGUCACCGGUAAAUGGACACAUUACUCUGCCGCAAAUAAUUUAGCUAUAAACGAAGCUUACUGGUCCGGAGAACAGAGUGUAAAAAUCACUUAUAACCGCAAAAGAUACACGAUCACUUUUCCAUACAUGCUACAAAUGAAUGACGAAACUGGCAACAAUAGACCCAUUGCUAUGACUCUUUUGUCAUUCACCCAUCCUAGUUGCACUGACAUAAACGAGAAAGUACCUAAGGAUACUCUAUUUGCAGAAUUGACUGAGAAAGAGGCUCUUCGAUGUACUCCUGUUCCAUCAAUGCCAAGAUUUGAAAAAAGAUUAAUUUUGAAAUCCUGCGUUAAUAUGCUACACAUGCCUUUGGAACGAGACCUGUUGCACUCUAUUUUACAAAUAUGUGUAAGAUUCACCAGAGAAUUCAAAAUGGCUAAAGAAUUCGUUCGUGAGGGCGGUGUUAAAUGUUUGCUUUCAAUAAGGCAUAUUGCUGAUUUUGGAGGGUUUGGAGUACUAGCUACAAUUUUAAUUCGUCAUGCUUUAGAAGAACCUGACACUCUUGCUUUUGCAAUGGAAAAAGUAAUUAGAGGAAGAAUUUUGACCUCAAUUCCACCUCCUUACCGGGACCUAGUCUAUUUAACUAGACAAUUUGGAGCCGCAGUAACUCGAGACCCGAAUAUGUUUUUCAAAGUUGCUAGAAACAUUCUUCGAGUUGAUAUUUCUGCUUGUAAACCUGGCGAUUCACUUGAUGUUGUUCUUCCUAUCAAAGCUGAACCACCUGCAAUAUAUAAAGCCCCUGAUUACGAUGAGCCAGUAUCGAUUCAAGUCAUUUGCGAUUUGUUGGAUGCACUUUUAAUGCCGCUAUUUGAAAAAUCAACAGUGGGGACUAAAACUAGUAAAAAGGAAUCUAACAAACCUGAUACUUCAACUGCCGGGGAUUCACUUGCUUCAAACAUAGCUGGCCCUUCCACUUCAAAUGCUACCACUAGCAAUACAGAUAAAACUAAAGACAGCUCUAAGACAUCUGACGAGGAGGUAAUUGAAUCUAAGCCUAUGCUCCCCAAGUCGGUGGUCCUUAAAAUCUUAGCUGAUGCAGUCAUUUCCUAUGCGCCUAUUGCCGAAUUAAUUACAGAGCACAUCUAUGAAGCUGGAUGCCAUCCUAUAAUAAAAAAAGAUACCUCAGCCCUUGCUUUUAUUUUUGAUAAAAUUCUUCCAGAAACGGAAAAUCUUUCUGAUUCUGAUUGUUCUUCUAUGUGCCGCAUAUUAAUAGCUGCUUUGGCAUCAGCAAACCAUUCAUCUGAAGCCCAGCUUACACUCGUAAACGAAGUAAAGUGUGCGUUGUACAGAGCUGUCCAUUUACCAGAAUCAUCAGAAAAACAUAGUCAGAUCCAGCACAUUUGUGGAAUUAUUUAUACUAUGAUUGAUAAUUGUCCCAUGCAUCCAAGAGCUUUGCCUAAUGUGUCACCUGUGAAUAAUAUUAUUAAGAUACUGAUACGAAGAGGGUUAUUUAGUGAUUUAGCUAAAAUUUCCCAUUUCUUGGACCUUUCCUCUCCACAUAUAUCUUUUACACUAAAUGCAGCUUUAAAACCAAUGGAAUCUCUUUCUAGAAGUAUAAACAUGCCAAAUCCAAGUACUACUACAGUUAGAGGAAGAAGGACAUCCACUGGUACCCGUGAAGACCAUCGCUCUGCAUCGGGAAACCCACAACACGUACAAAUAGAAGAAGAUUUGGAGAAUGUUGAUGACGGUCAAGCAGAAGCUACUAUAGAUAGAAGAGAUGCAGAUGGCGAACGUGAUAGGUUGGAAGAAAUUAUGGAACAAAUUUUGGAAGCUGAAACAGAACGGGCGGUACCCAUGGAAGGUGGACCUCUAGGUUUUAAUCCAGAAGCAGAUCCUACGGAAGAAAUGAUUAGUACAGAUUCAGGUGAAUCUGACUCAAAUCCUUCAGAUGAUAAUGAUGAAGAUGGUAAUAAUGAUGAUGAUAAUGGAGCAGACGCCAACAUCGAAGACAAUGAUGGUAAUAAUGAUGGUAACAAUGAUGGAGGUCGUAAUAAUGGUGAAAGAAGAAUUAGAGCCCCUGAACUAUUAGAGGAAACGCCUGGUUUAUUUAGACUCGGUACUAAUGAAAGAGGAGAUGAAGAUGUACUAAUGAUACAUUAUGAUGCAGAAGAUGCAAAUCCAUGGCCGAGAUUUAUCAGAUACAAUGAUAACAGGUUUUCUGUUCCUGUGUUGGACGAAAAUUCUGGUGACCAAGUUAUCAUCCAUCCUCUAUUAUUAUCAAGAAAUACCGACUCUAACCAUCCAGUGACUCGGACUCAACGUACAACUCGUCCUAGAAGAUAUCAAUACCUAUUUGACGCAAGAAAUCCUAACCCGCCUGUGAUAUUGCAAAGAUUAUUGGGAACACACGAUCCACACGCUAUGGCUAAUAUGAUGACUGCCAAUAAUAUUUUGGCAGGGCCUGCAGAAGUUACCAGGGAACAAGCCAGAGUCGUUAUUAUGGAUAAUUUUGGAAUUAUUCCUUCCAACGAGGAGCAAAUCGACUUUGUGGAUCAAUCUGGUUAUAUGUUUGGACCGAGUCUAGCCGCUACGUUGAAUUACGUUCCUCCAGUAGUACAUUGGUGGAAUAUGGAAUCGAAAAUAUUAGAUAUGGAGUCAGUGUUUGAUUGUACUGCUUGGAUUUGCAAUAGAUUAAUACCAAUCCUGAUAAGACACAGAAAUAACGACUUAAGAUUAAGUCAAGCCACACAGGAGAAAAUUAAAAAACCAAAAACAAAGCCAGUGGCAGAGUUAUCUGGACAGUCAGGGGAGUUUCUUGUGUUUAAUUUUGAUGGAGUAGAUUCGAGAGUCCAGUCUUCAACCUCAUUAGCCCAAGGGCCAGCUCAAGGGCCAGCUCAAGUUCAAGAAGAAGGAGAAGCGGACGCUUCUGACAGUUCCGAUUCUGUUGUAAUUGGCCUUAUACCACAAUUAGUGGCCAAUUAUCCUACUACUCCAAGCUCUGAUGGUAGUUCUUCUACUAGAGAAAGAGAAAAUGACGAUCCACAACAACCACCUGUGCCACUUGCCCCUAUCGCGCAAAUGACUGAUGAUUUAGACAGGGAGAGAACAGACACAGACCUAGAGGGAAGAACAAACAGUGGUACAAGUUUAUCUGAGAGAAUAGAAGUCAUAGAAGAGGUACAACUUUCAGAUGCAAGUACAAUACAUGGCCCAUUUCUGCACGACGAUUUAGAUUUGGAAUUGGAAUCAAUGGAGGUGCGUCGAUUAUCGAGGAUUCAGCAAUCUGCGAGAUUUACUGAUGCAUGGGCCGCCCAAGCAGCAAAUCAAUUAGGCAAUCAGUCGUCUUCGCCAGAUUCUGAUGAAACACAAUCACAUUCGGCUAGAGAGGAAAACUCAUCUAGAGAAACAGAAAACUCGCCCAGGGAAGAAGAAAAUACGCCUAUAGAACCAGAACAAUCGCCUAGAGGAGUAGAAGAGGAAAUGGAGAGAGAUGAUAAAACCUUGACGGAGCAAGAGCUUCAAUCUAUAUUAUGUUCUAAUCUAGAAUUUUUAGCGAGAGAGAUGGCAGCUGAGCGUGCAGAAUCAGAAAGAAUAGGAAUUGUUCCAGAUUGUACCACCACAGAGAGCACUGCUGAUCCAUCUUCCCCUCACGAGCCUGAAAACACUGCUCGCGAAGAAAACCUGUCUAGAGAACAAGAACAAUGCCCUAGAGAAGGAGAAAUGGAGACAGAGACAAUGGCCAUGAUUUCCAGUCGUCCUACCCACAGGCCUUCCAGUCCUGCCAUCAGCGCAACUAGCCCUAGCUACGGACAUCCUAGUGCCUCCAACAACCUAGCUACCCCUUACUACAGGGACCCCAGUCCCUCCUCCAGCCCAAUUAUCGCUAUCACAUCCAGCCCAGCUAGCCCUACUGAUUGUAACCCAACAAAUCCUGCUGAGUGUGGCCCAACUAAAACUGAGCGCAGCCCAACAAGUACUACUGAGUCCAGCCAAACUAGCCUUGUUGAGAGCAUCCAAUCUGGCUCUCAGAGCAACCCGACUUCUCCCUCUGGCAAUAUAGAUUUGGUGAAUAUUCUCACCAACCCAAAUAGCCCUUAUGACUGCAAUGCAGAUGCUGCACCAACUGUAGGGUCUGACAAUUUACCCGAACCCAGACGAGCUGAUCUGACACCUUCUGUGAUCUCAAUAAGUAGUGGCUCAGAUUCUUCUGUGAUAUUAUUGGGAGAAUUAUCGCAGAACAAUGCCGCUGAGCAGAAUAAUACUCGUGCCCGGGCUAAUGCUCCUGUCCAGGCUAAUGAUGCUGUCCAGAGUGAUCCUGCUGUUUUGGCCAAUGCUGCAAUUCCUAUUACUACUGAUGUCCAGAGUAAUGCUGUUCAGACUGAUGCUGUCCAGACUACUGCACUCCAGACCAAUGCUUCUGUCCAUAAUAAUGUUGCUGUUCAGGACAAUGCGACAGUUCCGGACAGUGAAGAAUUUAUCAUAAUAUCAGAUACCAAUUCUGAAACUAGAUCUUUCGUAAGAAGUCCUGGUUCCCAACAAGAUGUAUAUGGAGAUGACUUUCAUCUGCAUUUGGAAUAUGUGGCUAAUAGAAGAGGUUUUGAUCGUAUACAUGAUGAAGGCUCUUCAAGCAGCAGUUCUUCCGAUAUGCCAAGCCAGGCAGCGAGUAGAAGCGGAACGCAAAAUCCUGUGGUUCCUGGUCCUCCAAUCUCAGCUGAAGAUGAUGAAACUGGGGAAGGAGUUGACAAUCCGGAACCACAAUGGUCUCCCGGACUCAGCAGUGCUGUAGACGAGGAAGAAAUACCGGAUGGUGUAGAUCCUUCGUUCUUAGAAGCUUUACCACCCGAAAUAAGACGUGAAGUACUCGAACAACAAAGACUUAUUUCACUUCAGCAACGUUUGGCUAGCACAGUUACAGAAGAAGCACCUCCAGACCCUCCAGCUGAAGCGGGAGAGGCGGGAGAAAGAUCAAGUUCCUCAGAAGGUUCUCCAGUGGUUAGUCCUGAAUUCUUGGCAGCUUUACCUCCAGCUCUGCAAGAAGAAGUGUUAUCGCAACAGAGGUUUGAUCAACAGCGACAGGCAGCUGCUAGAGCUCCACCAAACGAACCUGUCGAUGCGCAUGCAUUUUUCCAAACUUUACAACCAUCACUGAGGAAUUUGAUAUUAGCAGACAUGGAAGAGUCGCAAAUAUCAGCAUUACCACCAGAACUAGCAGCCGAAGCUCAAAACUUAAGGCGCGAUUGGUAUGCGAGGAAUAGGCAAAUUGCCCAAGAAAGAUUCUUACAAAGCAAUUUGCCAACUAUCAUAAGACAGAACCGGGCUGGACGUGGCGGACAUAGGCCUAUUUCGAUUCAGAGGGGUGCGUGGAGCCAAUGGGGUCGAGAAUUUAUGGCUAGUACUGCGGUUCGAAGCCCUAGCACUCAGGUGCGAAUUCGAGGGCGUCAGCUUGUAGACCAUGAGGGCAUAUCUUGUCUUCUGAUACUACUAUUCACAGACGAUACUCAUUUGAACAAACUUCGUCUACACAGAGUGAUAAGAAAUUUGUGUUACCACGCUCCAACCAGAGAAUGGAUUAUAAACGCUUUGCUUUCGAUCAUCGAUAAAAGUGUGAAUACGAAACCUGAUGAGUCUCUUAAUAAGCCUGCGAGAAAGGUACCACGUGCUGGACCUUUGACAAGUAAAUUGCAAACAGAUUCUCGUCACUUAAAUACAGGUGGUCACUGGCUGACCAUUCGGAUGGAAGCUGCUUUAGGUUGUGCAGCCAAUGUUUUUUUGAUCAAUAAAACCAGUGGUAAAAAGGCAGUUGGUGGACAUCAAGCUAUAGGGCUUCAUCCUCAAGCAGCUCCUGUUGUUUGUCGCAAUACCUUAGAUUUAUUUACUGCUUUAGCUAAAGCAUUUCCGUGUUGCCUUUUGCCCAUUAAAUUAUUCAGAGAAGAAGAUCUUGACAGGAAUGCUGUGCCGCCUGUUAAAUUGAACGCACCAGGCCAACCAGAUUUCUGGGAUAUUUUACUUAAGUUGGACUCAGCCGGUAGCAAAAAAGGCAAGAGUAUAGCCAAAUCUACCAACUUUUAUUCAAAUUCUGGAGAGCAGGAUAAUUUAUCAUUUGAAAAUACAGUGUUUGGGAAGCUUUUGAACAUGUUGGGAUCCCCAGUUGUCAACAGGAAUACUCAACUCACAGACAACUUACUUAAGCUACUGUCGGUCACCACUGCUGGUAUGCCUGAUGUAUUCAAACCUUACAGACCUAAGACAAGCAAAAUCAAAACUGAAGUUAUGAGUGCUGCUUCCGUACAAGCAUUAUCUUUGGCUGUGAGCGUGAUAACCUAUAAAAAUUGCUCUGAGGAAGGUUUAGAAUUCAUUACCACAUUGCUUUUGAAUCUUGCAAGUGCAUCACAAGACAUGACCCACAUGAUAUUAGAACUUUUACUUGACGGUGCAGCAGAAAUAGGUAUGAAAGUAGAAGAGGAAAUUAAACACAUGCUCGAAGAUCUGAAACACCUUAUCAGCUGCACUCCGAAAAAGAAAGAUGAUAAAGAAGGACCUUCAACUUCUAAAGGUGUUAUUUACAACAGAUUCACCAAAGAACAAGUGAUAAUAAUGGCAUCAGCUAAAGUUAAAGCAGCUUGUGAGCUUCAGCUACCUUCUAUGGUACCUUUAACAUCAAAAUCUUCUAGUCAAAUAUUCUUUUUGAGAGUUCUACGUGUUAUUGUACAGAUAAGAAAUUCCAUUAAGAACAAUAUUAAGAGAAACAGACUAGAAGCGGACCUCGUAGCUUUAAGUGAACAACUUCGGACUCUGGAAAGUCUAUGGGAGACUCUCAGUGCGUGUCUAUUAGAACUAGAACACGCGCCCGACCAUCAUGCUGUUCUAGUAUUACAGCCGGCUGUGGAAGCUUUCUUUUUGGUACAUUCGCCACAACAAGGAGCUGUCAGUUACAAGGACUUCGAAAAAGAAACUGCAACCGUUAACGAAGUCGAAGCAGUUGUUGAUGUUCAUCAGCAAAGUGACGGUGAUGCACCUGUCGCCGGUGAAGCUGCUGCUAGUGCUCACAGUAAUAUUGCUGCGGCUCAAAGUAUUGUUACUGCACUUGCAGGAGCAGUGCUUUCAAGAGCAGGGACUUCAUCAAGCCAAGAUGAGAGCUCUUUUUCGUCUUCCUCGACCACAGUAGCUGGACGUCAAGUUAGCCCAGAGCAACAAAAGUUCCUGGCAUUUGCCGAAAAGCACCGUACCGUACUAAAUCAAAUUCUAAGACAGAGUACCGCCCAUUUGGCUGACGGUCCAUUUGCGGUUUUAGUGGACCACACCAGGAUUUUAGAUUUCGAUAUCAAGAGGCGUUACUUUAGAACAGAAUUGGAAAGAAUGGAUCAUGGAAUCCGUCGCGAAGAAACCGCUGUUCACGUCAGACGAUUGCACGUUUUUGAAGAUUCCUUCAGAGAGCUUUUCAGAAGAACACCUGAAGAAUGGAAGAAUAGAUUCUAUAUAGUAUUUGAAGAGGAAGAAGGUCAAGACGCUGGUGGUCUUUUGAGAGAAUGGUAUGUUAUAAUUUCCAGGGAUAUAUUUAACCCUAUGUAUGCCUUAUUCACUGUGUCUCCUGGAGAUAGAGUUACUUACAUGAUAAAUUCGGCAAGUCAUUACAACUCUAAUCAUCUGUGUUAUUACAAAUUUGUGGGCAGAGUUAUUGCUAAAGCCAUAUAUGACAACAAACUACUCGAGUGCUAUUUCACACGUUCAUUCUACAAACAUAUUCUGGGAAUACCUGUGAAAUACACUGAUAUGGAGAGCGAAGACUAUACUUUCUACAGGGGACUGAUUUAUCUAAUGGAGAAUAAUAUUAAGAAUCUAGGUCUGGAUUUGAUGUUCAGCACAGAAAUCAGCGAAUUUGGUGUAACUGAAACAAGAGAUUUAAUACCAGAUGGUCGUCACAUUCCUGUUUUGGAAGAAAACAAAAUGGAUUACAUCAGAUUGGUUUGCCAAAUGAAAAUGACAGGAGAAAUUAAACAACAAUUAACAGCUUUCUUAGAAGGUUUCUACGACAUAAUUCCCAUGCGUCUUAUUUCCAUUUUUAAUGAACAAGAACUUGAACUAUUGAUUUCUGGGUUGCCUAAUGUAGACAUAGAUGAUCUUAAGGCUAAUACAGAAUAUCACAAGUAUCAAUCUAACUCAUUACAGAUUCAAUGGUUCUGGCGCGCCCUAAGAUCUUUUGAUCAAGCCGAUCGAGCAAAGUUCCUCCAAUUCGUCACAGGUACUUCUAAGGUGCCUCUUCAAGGCUUUGGAGCUCUUGAAGGUAUGAACGGAGUUCAGAAAUUCCAGAUACAUAGGGAUGAUCGGUCCACAGAUCGAUUGCCGUCCGCACACACAUGCUUCAAUCAAUUAGAUCUACCAGUAUACGAGACAUACGAUAAACUGAGAGCCUACUUGUUGAAAGCUAUACACGAGUGUUCUGAAGGUUUUGGCUUCGCUUAAAAUAAUCCCUUUAAUGUUAAUUAAGACUGAUGUGUUAAUUUGUUUAUAUAUCUAUCUAUAGCAUAGUCUUGAUGUGUAAAUAAAGUCAAAUUCAUAAUAUCUGUUCGACAUUUGCACCACAGCAGUCGCGAGAGAUGACUAUAAUAACUUUAAUGUUAAAUGUACAGAAAACUGUAAAUUCAAUAAUUAUUUUUCAUUUAGACAUGUUCAGGGCAGUGUAUUUUUGUAAAUGGGCCCCUAAGGCAAUCGAGUGUGAUAAAAUGAACUUGUUGUAGGUUCACCUGCAACUAUAAUAUUUCAAUAUUAAUAUAAUAUCUAGGAUUUUUAAGUUUUUCUCGUUCAUUAAUAUUAUUUUGAGUUUUUGUUUAUUUUAAAUCAGAUUUGAAACUGAAAUCCAAUUUGUGAUUUAGUUUUUUAGUUUCUUUUGAUAACUGCUGUUCUUUGUAUUAUUCUCAAGACAACUAAUUAUUGUAAUAAAAUUGUAUCUUGAAAUAUAUAUUAAUUUUGGUUUAUA